UUGCACGCGCAGACGUUCCGUGCAUGCACAUGUGUGUGUGUGUGUGAGAACUGUGUAUGAGUGAGCCAGCGAAAAGUGUCGCAAAGAGCAAACAAUUUAAAUACAUGUAUGACAAACCUCAUAUGAAGUACAGUUACAUCGGAAGUCCUCUUAAUGCCGGAAGGGGAGGACAGAAUGUUGGGUGAGGCAUUUUGUAAUGCUGGCAGAUGCUCAGACCUCCGUUCUAGUGGUUUUGGAUUCUGCUCAUCAUUAUCCAUACGCCACUGACUGAUGAUCAGUUAACAUCCUCCCAGACAAUCAAUAACAUAUUGCGGGCGAUAUCAUUACUAAAUGAGUUUUACGACCAAAUGAGAAUGAAGUUGUCUGGACUUGCUGUGUGUUUGUUCACCAUCGGAGUGCUCGUCCAGGUGACCCCAAUCAUGACCUGUGACCAGGCCAGGCGUCCGGGUGCCCGAGCUAUUCGCUGGUGCUGUCGACACUCUCAUCUGCUAUCCCCAUUCCCGAUCCAGAGGACCUAGACGCAACCUGCAGGAAUCUCCACUCCUUUCUGGGAUGUAUGCUCGGUCCUGCUGUGCUAGGCGAUUGCUCACCCCAUCAACGGGUUGCUUACACGGCCAUGAGUAAAGUCUUGAACAUUCCCUGUCAUCGCUACAAGCAAGAGUACCUUAUGAGCAGCACAUGUUGGAAGUCCACAGAUCUCACUGAAAUGGUUAGAAACUGCUUUUUGAUUAACGCAGGAAAAAUAAGUACAAAUUUCUGCAGCGGAGGACAGGUGAUCCGGACCUGCAUAAUUAGCGACAUCAAGAUGUUACCCGGGUGUGAUAUCAGCAGUCAACGUAUACUUGACAUCAUGGUGACGACAUGGUACAACACUGUAGGAAUAGUUCUCCAGCCAACCUGCCCGGAACUUGCUGUUUCUUCUUUGACCAAAACAACUAGUGUGGCGAACUCCGAAGGCUGGACCUCACAGGCAGGACAGCACGAAGAAAGUACCUCUAGCGGGGACAAUCUACAGCCACCGAGUACAACAGGAGCACCACCACAUUGCGUCAGUACGAUCUGUCCUGAAAAUAAUGACCACACGACAUGCCAAAUAGCAUUAAGCCGAUAGCUGUCGGAUUAAAAAUUCGAUCUAUACGUCGAGUGCGCACGCAGACUAAGGCAGCCGUUGCCCGCCAACUGCCAAUGUCGGCCGGACUAUAUAUAUAGCGACCGGAAUUUCGCGCUCUACAUGUGCGUAUCCCAUGCCCGCCAUUUAUAUAAUUUUGUUUUUACACUUUUCGCAACAGAAAAUCUUCUCUAGUGAUCAAUUGCUAUACCGAUACAUGUGUUCUACUCUUCGAUAACAGUACGUAUCAUUUAUAUACUCUAAAGCAGUGGUUCUCAAAGUAUUUCGGACCGCGGUCCACUUUACUUAAGUAAAAAAUAUGGCGGACCACCAAGGCCUAAA